CUCGAAUCAUGUACAAAAAUGAAAAUUUCAUCGAAACCACGCAAAAGAAUCUAUAAUAUUUGAAAACAAAAAAUCGUGAAAGUAAAGUUGAUAAAAUUAUGAACAUGGAAGAUGAUCAACGACCAUGGGCUGAUAUAUGCCCAUAUCUCUUGGAUUCCAUCUAUAACAGACUCUCAUCUCACGUCGACGGUACUCACUUCGGCGACGUAUGCAAGAACUGGCACCAAGUUCACUCUCACAUCGCCCUUUCCAAUCCUCGUCCUGUGUUGAUCAGCCAUGCAAAAUUGUCCAGCUCGGACGUCAUCCAAGUGCGGGAGGGUAAACGACUUGUCCUCCAACGACGUCGUGAAUCUCAAAUCCCAUAUGAGCUUGCAGGUAAAGACAUAACAAUCCUCGGGAUGGCGGGUGCGUGGUUUUUUAUAAAAGUGUGUGAUGCUUCUUUGGGCUGGUACAAUCCUCUACUCCGAAGUCCUGCAAACUACAUCAGUCUUCCCAAUCCGAGACUCUACGAUCUUCGUGGUGUAUGGCGACCGCUAUCUCUGCAUGUUUCGUCGUGGAAACUAUGAUGGAUUUGAGCAAAAAACAUACGAUUUCUCCUUGGGUGGGAAAAAAGGACAAACAUGUCUUGGCGUGGGCUACAAAGACGGUAGAUUCUUUUGUUUAUUUGAAAUGGGUGAUAUGUUGAUUUUCAGCAUCGACGAAAAUGAGACCAAAAUGUUGUUGGCGGCAACUAAACCUUUGCUUCCGGAACAACUCCAGCGAUGUGAUAGUUUGAGUGUAGAGGCGUUCGUGAUGGCAAAAAAAGCCACAUAUGUAAAUGAUCGAUACCAUGACCAUGAGGUAGAAGAGGUGAUGGGGUUUAGGCUGGUCACUCAUUGGGAACGAGAUCGUGAGGAGAGCUUCCUACUUGUAGCAGUGGAGGAAAAUGUUUUGAUGGCCACCGAUCUGUUACUGGAGAGUAGUAACAGUGAUGACAUAAAGGACAACAGUAGAACAACAAGAGUGAUUUUAGUGAAAGACCGGUUGCCAUUGAAAAGGAUUGUCAACAAACAAUAUAUUGAUACACUGUUUUUUAAUUUUCCCAUAUUAAUCUGGUCUUUUGCUUUUCUUUUUCUUUUUGAUAAAUUGGUCUUUUGCUUU